AUGGUGCUCGAGCAGGGGACCGUGUUGCGGAGCACGUCCUUGUCGGUGCGGCUGGAGCGUGUGCUGGGCCAGGGUGCGUUCAGCAGCGUGUGGCUCGCGCGGGAUAUCGAGGGGCAGGUCGGCGUCCUGGAGCUGACGCGCAAGACCAGUCUGCUCCGGAGCAAGAGUCAGAAGCGGGGGCGACGGCUGGAGGGGACGAGACCAAAGACGAGUGGGACCCGCCCGAAGGGCCCUGUCUAUAUGCAGCGCGAGAAGAGGGUGAACGUGCGUGAGCGAGAGGGGAGCGAUGAGAGCGUGGUGCUGGAGGACGCGGAUGCGACGCCGAGGCUGGACGGGCUCGCCGCGGCGAUGCGGAGGCAGCAGGAGGGGCGGCUGGUCGCGGUGAAGAUGACGGAACGGACGUUGUGCGAGAAGAACUCGCGCUCGAGGGUGAGCUUCGUGCGCGAGGUUGAAAUCCUGCGGCAUAUCGCCCACCCGUCUAUUGUCUCCUAUGUGCAUUCAUUCAGCACGCCGGCGCACCAUUGUCUCGUGCUGGAGUACGUCGGCGGCGGCGAGCUGUUCGACCUGACCGACAACCCCGAGAGCCACGCGCGGCUGGACGAGCCGCUCCUCCGGCGGAUGUUCGGCGAGCUGUGCAAGGCCGUCGGCUGGAUGCACGGCGUCGGGCUCGUCCACCGCGACAUCAAGCUCGAGAACAUCCUCCUCACCGCAUCCCCCUUCGCCUCCCCCCUCCCCGCGCCACACGCCCCGCUGAUCAAGCUCUCGGACUUCGGCCUCUCGCGCUUCAUCGACCCCGCGCAGCCGCUGCUCACGACGCUGUGCGGCUCCGAGUCGUACGCGGCGCCGGAGCUCGUCACCGGGCGGCCGUACGACGGGCGCGAGACGGACGCGUGGGCGUGCGGCGUCGUCCUGUACGCGCUCGCCGCGCGCCGCCUGCCGUUCGACCUGGUGGUGUCACGUGAGCGCGAUGCGCGCGGGGAUGCCGCGGCGAGGGUCUCCGCGAAGGGCCCGGCGGCCGCGAACAGCAGGGCGGAGCGGAGGGCGCUGUUGAUGCGCAUCGCGAAGGCGGAGUAUGCGUGGCCGGAGGAUGGGCCGUCGAGCGGGGGUGGGGAGGGUGAGGGUGAGGGUGGGGCGAGGCUUGCGGGGGCGAGGCUCGCGCGGAGUGUGGGGGUGCGGCGAGUGGUGGAGCGGUUGCUUGUGAGGAACCCCGGGAAACGCGCGAGGGUUAUCGACCUUUGGGAGGAGGAGUGGAUGCGCGGGGACGGCGCGCCCCUCGCGCCCCAGGCUGUCGUGCAUGGCGUUGGGAAGGAUGGCGAACCCGUGGAGGCAAGGACUGACCCAGACGCGACGCCCGUGCCGGCACAGAUCGUGGAGGCGGGGCCUGAGGUGGCUAUGGAUGGAGACGCGGAAGUCGAAGACGACGAUGGCCUGAUUGUGGAUGAGCAAGACAUCGGACCGGGCAGCGUCGCGCACCAGGAACACUAG